AUGGCGGAUUUGAUACCGUUUUAUCUCAACAUUGUGGCGUUUCUAUGUACUGUUGGAGCCAUUGGUUUGGCUAUAUUCCACAUUUACAGACAUCUCUUGAAUUACACGGAGCCAACUUAUCAGAGAUACAUUGUACGCAUCGUCUUCAUGGUCCCGGUUUAUGCGUUCAUGUCAUUCUUGUCUCUUGUGCUUCCUACAAGCUCCAUAUACUUUGAUUCCAUACGAGAAGUUUAUGAAGCAUGGGUCAUUUACAAUUUCUUAUCACUGUGUUUGGCUUGGGUUGGAGGUCCAGGAGCAGUGGUUCUUAGCUUAAGUGGUCGCUCUCUACAACCAUCAUGGUGUCUCAUGACUUGUUGCUUCCCUCCAUUGUCUUUAGACGGGCGUUUUAUUAGAAGAUGCAAGCAAGGUUGUUUGCAAUUUGUGAUUCUAAAGCCGAUUCUAGUGGCUGUCACACUUGUGCUUUAUGCAAAAGGGAAGUACAAGGAUGGAAAUUUUAACCCUGAUCAAGCGUAUCUCUAUCUUACCAUCAUCUAUACCAUAUCCUACACAGUGGCUUUGUACGCACUUGUGCUGUUUUACAUGGCGUGCAGAGAUCUACUUCAGCCGUUUAAUCCGGUCCCAAAGUUUGUGAUCAUUAAGUCUGUGGUCUUUCUAACUUAUUGGCAGGGUGUUCUAGUGUUUCUUGCGGCAAAAUCUGGAUUCAUACAGACCGCAGAGGAAGCAGCUCAUUUCCAAAACUUUAUUAUAUGUGUUGAGAUGCUUAUAGCUGCAGCAUGCCAUUUCUAUGCUUUUCCAUACAAGGAGUAUGCAGGUGCAAACGUUGGUGGAUCUGGCAGUUUCUCAGGGAGCCUAUCACAUGCUGUAAAACUAAAUGACUUUUACCAUGACACUGUUCACCAGUUUGCUCCUACUUAUCACGAUUACGUGCUCUACAAUCAUAACGAGGGUGGUGAAGAAGGGACAAAGAAGUACAGGUCGAGAACGUUUGUGCCAACUGGUCAAGAGAUGGAUGCAAUGAGAAAGAACAAACCUGUGUUUGCAAACAAGAUAGAUGGUGUUUCAGUUUCAAGUAGUUUAUCUUCAAAUGCAAGCUCACCGAAAAGCUCCAGUGUAACAUCUGAUCCUGCACGCUCUGAAGCUAUGAAGUCUUCUUUACUUGUUGACGCCUCGGAUUCUCUAGAUACAAUGUAUGAUAUGACGCUCAUUGACAUUGAUAUAUCUAGUUUCCCCAGCAAUGUCCCCUCAGCAAAUGAAAGUGGGACUAGAUAGGAGUAAGAGGUGUAGAAAGCACCAUUGAAAUGUACAAAACAUGCUCCUAAUAGCUGGAUUCAGGUGUGUAGGAGACUUGAGGAUAAUAUGAAAGAGGUUCUAAACCAGUUUGCCUGUUAACUCUUUGUAGCCUUAUAUGAUGAGUCUUCUACUGGCAUUUCUCUCUUGCAGCAUGUUUCUUGUUCUUGCCUGGUUUAUAGAUACAAUAGGAUAUGAAUGGUUUAGCAGCCAGAAACGUUCUUCGUAUACAUGUAACUAGAUGAGUUGCAGAGUCUUGAGAAGUUUUACAAUUUGUCUUCUUGACGUUUGAGAGCCUAUUAAAGCCUUAUGUGGUUACAAGAACUGCAAAACUUUCAUAAGAUUUGAGGAUUUGUGGCUUUUAAUAAACACAAAGCAGGAAUAUAGCCAUGUGCGUU